GGGUCAGAGUCGUGUCUGGGCUCAAGAUGGCGGCGCCGGACGAGUUGUUUUGUUGGGAAGGAGACUGGGGGUUACCGUCCGUCAGCAGCGACUGUCUGGUGGUUCUGGUGAGUGUGUCACCGAACUGAACCGAACUGAGCCGAACGGAACCGAACUGAAUGAAACCGAACUGAACCGAACUGAAGCCUACGCUCAGUUCGCAGGAGCUCCCCUCAAACUUAGGAAGAUGUCCAACCCCUGGCGGAGUCCCGGCGGUUCACUUCCUGCUCUGAGGACCAAUCAAAAAGAAAGUCUGUCCAGACCCUCUGAAAUCAUCAUACACCUGAGGAAACAGAAAUUUAACGCAGACUUCGAUCUGUCGGCGAAGGAAGGUGCUGACAGUCUGGCGUUCAUCUCUCUGAUGGAGGAGAAGCUGACGCCUGCUCUGAUUUACACGUUCUGGGUCGAACCAAAGAACUACGUGGAUGUGACUCGCCGCUGGUACGCAGAGCACAUGCCUUUCCCUCUGAACUUCUUCCUGCCCGGACAGAUGCAGCGGCAGCAGUUGGAGAAACUGCGACUGCUGCGAGGAGAAGAGAUCCUGGAGGCCGGAGAGGAGCUGGAGAAGGAGUUGUAUCGUGAUGCUACAGAAUGUAUGAACCUGCUGUCCCAACGACUCGGCUCACACAAGUUCUUCUUCGGAGACUCGCCGUCGUCUCUGGAUGCCUACGUGUUCGGUCACUUGGCGCCGGUCCUGAAAUCCAAACUGCCCAAUGGGAAACUGCAGCAGCAUCUGAAGUCACUGGACAACCUGAGCAGCUUUUGCACCAACAUCCUGCUGCUCUACUUUCCCCGAGAUGACCGAGAGAGCUCCAAUCAGAAGAUGGCGUCUCAGCCCGAAGGUGGAGACUUCGACCACGUCCCCAACAAGCGGAGGAAGCAGUUCCUGUCGGCUCUGGUGGCUCUGGGCGCCAUGCUGAGCUACGCCCUCCUGACCGGCAUGGUGUCCAUCCAACACGUCCAGCAGGAGGCGCUGGAGGAGCCGCCGGACCUGCAGACCAUCGGGUCCCAAGGCCGCGAGGAGGAAGGAGACGGGUGAUGAAGGACGGAGGUUGAGAUCAAGAUGUUUGACAGGAGACAGAUCCUCAUCCUGGACGAAU